AUCCUUUUAGUGGAAUCUGGCGCAACGAGAUGAAGGCAAGAAGCAGAAUGCUAUGAAAGAGGUUCGGAUCCGGAAGCUUUGCCUAAACAUCUGUGUGGGUGAAAGUGGUGAUAGGCUUACCCGUGCUGCAAAGGUGCUGGAGCAGCUCACUGGUCAACAGCCUGUUUUCUCAAAAGCUCGGUACACUGUGAGAUCUUUCGGCAUCAGAAGAAAUGAGAAAAUUGCUGUCCAUUGCACAGUCAGGGGUGCUAAAGCUGAGGAAAUUUUGGAAAGAGGAUUGAAGGUUCGGGAGUACGAGUUAAGAAAAGAGAACUUCUCCCACACUGGCAAUUUUGGGUUUGGCAUCCAAGAACACAUCGAUUUGGGCAUCAAGUAUGACCCCAGCAUUGGUAUCUACGGAUUGGAUUUCUAUGUCGUGCUUGGCCGUCCCGGAUACAAUGUUGCCCAUAGGAAACACAAACGGGGUACAAUUGGUUUUCCACACAAACUCGUCAAGGAUGAUGCAAUGAAGUGGUUCCAACAAAAGUACGAUGGCAUUCUCCUACCUGGGAAGGCGAAGUAAAAAUUUCUGUAAGUAGGGCAUACGAGAAUAAAAAAAUAUAAAGGAUUAUGCAA